AUGGCGACGUUCCGAGUACACGAAGAUAUUGAGAAGGAAAAUCGCCUAUUAGCUCCUGUAGCUGGUGGAAAUAAAAGCGUCUCUGCUACUUUAGGCGCCAGUACCGGUAUUGUUUCUGCACCAGGUGGAAAAAAUUUCAUUUUCCAGACUAUCGGCAACCAACAACAGCACCAUCAGCAUAGAACUACGUUCAGUGUUCUGAGCAACGUGCAAACAAACGUUACGAACGUCGAUAAAGCGACGAAAGACUCUCGCGGUAAAACUCAUCGUACAGGAGGAACUAUCGUGCUACCUUGGUGCGGGAAAUCGGGAAAAGUCGAUGAAAAUGGCAUUGAUUCGUCCAAGCUCAAUCUACAGACAAAGGCUACUAAGAAAUCCUCUACUUCCUCUGAUGGGUGUAAAGGGUUUGAAGUAUAUGACGAUUCGAAGGAAAAUUUAACUGAAUUAAGCGUCCCCAAGAAAGAUGAAAUCCUACAUGGGAAACGCCCCCCGCUGCAAGAGUUGAAACAUGCCGAUCUUUUUGAAACACCGAUGUCGGUAGGAGAAACAUAUUCUCCCAUGUCAGUAGACAAAUCGACGACUCUAACAACAGCGACGGUAGAUGAUGUAUUAUCUACAAUUCCAAGAAAUGAUCGAGAGCGUUUCUUUGAGGUGGAAGAAUACCAGGAAGAUAUUCUAGCGUAUCUAAAGGGGGCUGAAAAACGAAACCGUCCCAAACCUGGUUACAUGUUGAAGCAGACUGAUAUAACUCAUUCAAUGCGUACUAUUCUUGUCGACUGGCUAGUGGAAGUUUCAGAAGAAUAUAAGCUCCAGGGAGAAACACUCGCACUAGCCGUUUCGUAUAUCGACCGAUUUCUUAGUUUCAUGUCCGUAGUUCGAGCCAAGUUACAGCUAGUCGGAACAGCAGCUAUGUUUAUCGCAGCCAAAUACGAAGAAAUUUAUCCUCCGGAUGUAGGCGAAUUCGUGUACAUUACUGAUGAUACUUACACUAAGACUCAGGUAUUGCGGAUGGAACAAUUGAUUCUAAAAGUACUUUCGUUCGAUUUGACCGUACCAACUACAUUGGUAUUUACCAAUACCUACUGCAUUAUGAACGACGUACCGGAUAAAAUCAAAUACUUAACCAUGUAUCUUUGUGAAUUGUCUCUCCUAGAGGCUGAUCCCUAUUUGACUUAUAUGCCAUCGAAAAUUGCCGCGGGCGCAUUAGCAUUAGCACGAUGCACGCUCAAUUUGCCGAUGUGGUCGAAAGUGCUGGAAGAUAAUACGGGCUACAAACUAUCCGCCCUGAAGGAUAUCAUUUUGGAUCUGAAUAAAACGCAUGUUGACGCAGACGUAAUACCGCAGCAAGCAAUACAAGAAAAAUACAAGUCAAAAAUAUACAACGAGGUUGCCACUUUACCGGCGGCAGCAAUACUAACUGCGGAAUCGUUCGACAAAAUAUGUGAGGUUCUGUUCAAUCCUGCGGCGGCAAACCGUGCUCCAACAACAGCAUGCGAAAAAGCAGUGACAACAGGAGCGGAACACAAACACUGGGAAGGAACAUUCAACAAUGUAUAACGUGCAUUCAUUCAAAGGUGUACACAUCCAGUAUGCGGGAGCGUUUUUCCCGUUCCCUUAGAAGUUAUUGUCUUUUUUGCGUAUUUAUUUAGUUUUCCAUGUUCAUGAAUUCGUACAGCCAUGAUGAGUGUAGAGUAGAGUGAGUAGCUAAACGAAUGCUGCAUCCUUUGGAUCCAUUCCAGUUUUUGUUUGCUUAUUAUUUUUCUUUUCUAUAUCUCACGUGUUCUGUAUUCUCUUAGUUAUAAUAUUUUAUAUAUUUUCUACGAUGCAGAACUGAUUGUAUGUAUGUCGAAACAUUGUUCGUGUGGAACGAAUCACCAUGAAAAGCUCCUUAAUACAUACAGCUCUACGAAUGGCAAUCAAUUUCCUCUCAUUGCCCUUUUUCUAAAUUUCGAACAAAGCACAAGCAGUGUUGAGUAGAUUUUUGUUUGCAUUUUAACUAGCAAAACAUUUCAAUUUGUUAAAAAACCUAUACAUCGAAAAUCAUAUGUUGACAAAAGCAAG